AUGACCAUGUCGAACGACACCCAAUCAGCUAACGCCACUUGCGCCACCAAUGAGACCGAACCCAAUAUCAACCCUGAUCUCCUCCCCAUCUUGAACUACGUUGCUGAAAUUCUCAACGCAGGCAACGACAUAGACCCUUCGCCGAACCAGGCUGCCUUGAUGCAGAAGAUUGUAGGGCUCUUGGAGGCGAAAAAGACUCUGAGCCACGCCCCAGGUUCUUUGAUAAUGCGAUGCAAGGCCGUCCUCUCUCCAAUCCGACGUGUACCAACGGAAAUCUGGAGUAUGAUCUUUUUGAUGGUUCUCAUCGCCGAUGAAGACGAGGUGCACGAAGACUUUUUCGUAGAGGCCAGAAAAGACGAAGCUCCUCUCAACGUAGCUGGGGUAUGUCAACGUUGGCGUGCGAUCGCACUUUCGACACCUGCGCUCUGGAGGUCCUUAGAAAUCACCCGGACUGCUGAUCUGCGCAGCUCCUAUCCACACCCCGAGUUGGCCAUCCUGUGGGUAGCCCGGUCUGCGCCCCACCCGAUCUCCUUCUCACUCGAUACCAAGGCGGAUGGCCUUUUCACCUGGCGGGAUCUUGAGGACUUCCAUGAACCUAAACGAAAUUUUCCUCUCGUUCAACUUCUCGUAGUUGAACUGCUGAUGUGCAUGCCACGCUGGAAAACGGUUCGUCUCGCCUUGCCUUUCCUCAAUGGCCAUGAUUUCCCUAUACCUGAAACGGGCACACCGUUGUUAGAGAGCCUCAAGGUGACCAGGAGAGCGAACCAGUCGUGGACGAGGAUCGACCAGUUCAUUCAUCGGAUAUGGGCGAAUGCUCCGCGUCUGCGUAGGUUCAACAUGAACGACGAGACUGAAUGCGGUCGUGGCGAUAAAACUUUGAUGCCACUGCCAUCCGGCCUGACCGAGCUCAGACUUGAGUAUGAUCUGUGA